AUGCGACUUCCUGCCCCCAAGGACGAGCUGUGCGACGCUGAACCAGCCUCCCAGGCGCUCUGACUCUCCAAGUCUGAGAAAUGGGCAGAUACCUACGCCUCUCUACGUUUUAGGAGGAGCGAAUGGGGGCCCACAGGAAGGCCCGACCGGCGCCCCUCCUACCCGGGCGCGCGCCGGCCAGUGGCCCCGGGACCGGACGACCGAGGGCCUUCCGGGGAGCGGGCCGGGCGGAAGGAGGGGCCGCGGCGUGGACCGCGCCGCCCGACCAUGGCGCCUGCGGCCGGGCGCGGGGCGCCGGGCCUGUGGCGCGCCUGCAACUGGCUCAUGGGCGCCUUCUUCGCGCUGGCAGCCUUCGUGCAGGUAAAUGAUCCAGAUGCAGAAGUGUGGAUGGUUGUGUAUACAGUUCCUGCCGGUCUGACCCUGCUUGUUGGACUUAACCCUCUUGUCACAGGUAACUUUAUUUGGAAGAGUGUCUCUGCAAUACACAUAUUCUUCUGUAUCGUGUGGGCUGUUGGCUUGGCAUACAACCUCUUGCUUCAUACAAAACAGAACAUCUUACAUGAGGAAGAAGGCAGGGAGCUCUUUGGUCUGGUGAUUAUCACAGCAUGGCUGAGCCUGUGCCACAGCUCAUCAAAGAAUCCAGUUGGUGGAAGAAUUCAGUUGGCUAUUGCUAUCAUAGUUGCUCUUUUCCCAUUUAUCUCAUGGGUCUAUGUAUAUAUAAACAAGGAGAUGCGGUCCUCCUGGCCAACUCACUGCAAGACAGUAAUUUAAAUGAAGAAUCCUGUUCUUAAAAUGAGAGUUUUCAAUUUUUUGUAAACAUGAUUGUAACAUGCCAGUUUCCUAGGAAUUUAUUUCAGGUAAUUUGAGUUAAUACUAGAGAUGAUUUUUUUAAAAAAUCCUAAGUUAGGCUGCCUACAACACAGGACUGGAAGGGACUAGUAAGAGAAGGAGUCUGACAUUCUGUUGUGUCACAGUGUAGUAGAAAAGGCAAAACAAAAGUUAAGAAAUAUGAAUUCUAACUCAGCUACGUCACUAUCCAUAUGACUUGGGCAAAUGUAUAAACCUCCCGUGGAUAAUUCUUUAUCUAUAAAAUAGGGUUACUUCCAGACCUCCUGCUUAUUUAUAUAGUUGCAAGGUUUAUAAGCAAGGUAAUAUGAGAGCAUUCAAAAUAUAAAGAGCUGACAAAGGGCUGCACCUGAUAACAUAGAGGGAAGUAGGGUUUGGAUAAUGAUAGAAAGAGUUCAAGAGAGGGCUGUACCCCUGAAUUAACCUCAGUAUACUGAACUGGUACAGUGCCGUGAACUAAAUGAGGACUCCAGAUGAACCAAGUGAACAGGCAUGUCUUGGAAAGAAAGUUAGCUAGAGUAAAGGAAUGUGGGACCAAAAAGAAGGAGAGAGAGAAUAUUAAAUACAUUUUAAAAGAAAAAUAAGACCAAAAUCUAUACACAUAUUUUUAAUGUCAGAAGUAGCCCUGGAGAGAAGACCAUUUCAGAGCUGUACAGUCUGGUGGCCACUAGCUGCAUGUUGUAUUGAGCGCUUGAAAUGUACACUGAAGAAGUUUGAAUUUUUUCAUUUUUAUUUAAAAACAUCAAUUCAGUUAUGAGAAAACUUAUAAGUGUGUUUGGAACACUUGUUUUAAGUAUGUUUGGAACAACUUGGAUAUGUGAAUCUACUUCUUCAACUGCAAGUUUUAUAUCUAAAUACGGAACAAGUAUUUCCAAUGAAAAUUUAGUGUCCAAAUGGACGGAUUAUAAGUAUAAAAUAUACACUAGAU